GGGAAAGUUACUUCACCAUCUGGUAUCACUAAACCUAGCAUAAAAACAAGCUACAGAUGCGAAAAGCAUAACAAUUCGAAAACAAUAAAAACGGACGAGAUGAGUGCGUACAACCGACGUGCGGCACUUCGCAGCAGGAGCCCCAGCCGUGGAUCCUCCGAGUCGGAGAUGAACGAGUCCGGCUACACGUCCUUCCGGGCACCGCUGAAUUCCACCGCGGGGACGCCAUUUUUGUUGGAGGAUGCGGAGGGCGAGAACUGUCGCAAUGCAUCGAACACCAGCUCGCUGUCGAUUCGAGGCCUAUCCACGCCCAGUGGCCAUGAAGAUCAGGAAUUUUUGGACUGGGGCAAGCCUCAUCCGAGAACCCAUCCACAAAGGCAGAGCACCGUGCAGGAGGAGUCCUUCUCGAUGACGCCGCGCCUUCUUGACGCACAAAGUCUACCCAAGCGGCGCAAGAAGCACUUCCAGCCGCCGCAUAGCAGCCCCAAGAAGUCGAAGAAGCUGCUUUUCCCGUUAGAGCAACCUCAGGGCAAGAACCGCUUCUACGGCGGGGUGGAGCGGUUGGACAUCGUGGCCAAACUGGCCCAGACGGAAGCUCUGGAGUGCAUACUGCGUCAUGUGAGCGCCCCCACGCUAGACGUGAUGACGAAAGUGUCGCUGGCCUGGAAGCAGGCCGUCUACCGUAGCCAGCGGAACUUGGAGCGCCUGCAGAACCACCGGCUCAAGCUGAGCCUCACCAAAGAGAAUUCUCAUGUUCCCAAGCGGCGCAACCAUGUGCCGAAGGCAAACAAAUCAGUGCCAUUGCAGACCUCGAACCACAGCAGCCUGGCCAACAGUGCCGCCUCGCUGAUGGACUCGGGAAACUCGAGCUUUCACCUGAUGGACGUGGAUGCCGGCCGAGUUCUGCGCGAGCAGACGCAGCGCGUCAAGUGCCCGCGAUGCGGACGGGGCAGCCGAGUCUUCGUCAGCGAGGCAAUCAAGAGCGUCGACAAUCCGCUGUCCCAGACGCUGCCCAUCGGACGCAACAACAGUACAUUCCUCAGUGGAGCAGGCGGGCCGCCUCUGAAGCGCUUUUUAUCGCUCGACCUCGACGAGAUCAAGACCCCAACGCAAGCACCCGACUACAACUUUGCCGAGUGCACCAGUGUCAUCUGCCAGUUCCGCUUUUGCGUAAACUGCCUCAGCAAGUCGCAUCCCGGUGAACGUUGCCUUGUCACCGAGCUGGACACGCCCUCUAAACUAAUGAUGCCUCGGGAGCGGCAAACGCCGCCCCAUCGUGGUCAGAAUCGGGACCCCAAGAUCAGGAGGAAGAACUCGCUCAAGCGACUGUGCUUUUAGCUUUAGCAUAGCCUUUUAUUUACGUUAGUAUUCGACUUGUUCAAAUCGCAUCAAUUCCGUAUUAUGUUCUCUGCGUUAAGUUCCACCAAUCACAUUCUCAUAGUUGUUUUUAAAUCGUUCACUGUAAGGUUUGCCGAAAAACUGUACCUCUGUGAGAUUAGUAUUUUUACAUAAGCAACGAAUAAUAAACAUUUUAUAAUUAGAGCUUUAAA